AUGCCCCCUCUACCAACGACCAUGAAGGCCCAGGUUCUCACUGCUUACAACAAGCCUUAUGCUUUAGUCGACAUACCAGUGCCAGAAUUGACAUCCCCAUAUGAUCUUCUGAUAAAGGUCGAGGCCGCUUCAUAUUGCCACACGGAUGCGGUUUGUGCUGCGGGCGGGUUUCAAGGCCACGCAAAUGCUCCGACUCAGUGGCCUCACAUUGGCUGUCAUGAAUUUGCGGGCACAGUAGCCCAAGCAUUCGAAUCUAAUUAUGAAAUGGAUCCUGUGGCUCAUGAAUUUCGAAUUGGUGAUCGGGUAGGUGUUCCCGGUCGCGCCUUCCACCCCUGCGGAUCUUGCCAUGAAUGUGAACGACAAAUUCCAAAUCACGGCCAGGCUAGCGACCACAAAGGCUAUUCAGUUUACUGCCCUUAUGCCAAAAAUCUCGGGCUGAGCGUCCCUGGAGGAUUUGCUCAAUACGCCGUGGUGGAUUCACGUCAGGUCGCACCACUCCCCGCUAGCAUGAGUGCGAGGGAAGCUGCACCCCUGAUGUGUGCUGGGUUAACCAUAUAUGCGGCACUGCGCAAGUGCGAGCUACAUUCAGGGCAGAGGGUUGCGAUUAUUGGCUGUGGAGGGGGACUGGGCCACUUGGGAAUUCAAUUUGCACAUCGCAUGGGACUGAGAAUUGGUGGUACUGAUACAUCAAAAGGUGCAUUAGAUCUCGCUCGGCAGCUCGUAAAGCAAUCCACUAUUGUGGAUGCAACUAAAGUCAAGGCCGAGGAUCUGGUCCAAGAUAUAGGGAAGGAGGAUACAGUUCUCGAGCGAGGGCAAAUGGGAUGCGACGCUGCCAUCAUUCUUCCCGAAUCGCAAGCGGCCUUCGACUACGGGAUGCGACUGCUGAAGGAUCGGGGCACAUGCGUCGUUGUAUCUUUCCCGAAGAAUGGUUUUACCUUCUCUACACAAGAUGUUGUCUUCCGGCAUGUGUCCAUUAUUGGUAGUCUAGUUGGAAGCAACCAACUCCUACGUGAUAUGUUGACUUUCACAGCUAAGCAUGGGAUACAGAGUACCUCAAAGUCAUUCGCCCUAUCUCAGCUGAAUGAGCUAGUUGAGCAACAUCAUUCUGGGGUGUAUGGAAAGCUUAUCGUUGACAUGAGUCUGGAGGACUUAUCCCCAUAG